CCCGAAGAUUUCAAGUGCCCCCCCCCCCCCGGAGAAAAAAGUCUGGAAGAAACACUGAUCUCACAUACGUUGCCUUUGCUAUUAUGCUAGUCCUCUUCACAUCAGAAAAGUAAAUAGAAGUAUAUGAGCACACAACCAAAUAAUUGACAUAUGUUACACAGGCUCUGAUGACAUCGGACAUCAUGUAAAGAAGGUUGUUAAAUUCAACCCACACUUCUAAAUGACUAUUGAAUGUUUACACUUUGAGACAACAGACUGAAAGAAAAUUUGUUGCUGAGAAAAUAACAAUUGUAAAAGAUCUUAAAAUGGAUACAAUACAGAGAAAAUCUGGCUUUGUCCCAGGACAUCAUGAAGCCGAGAUCUGCUAUGGAGGUGAAGCUGACUUACACAAGCACUAUACCGGCUGUAAAAAGAAUCCAGGUCAUAAAAAAUUUAUACCUGUUAAUGAUUUUAACUUGGAUCAUCUCCCCUCACGUUACCGUGACGUCAUCAUGUUGGAGGCAAUCAAAGCUUUGUCUGCCCUAACGGUCCUGAUAAAGGUCAAGUACACCAGUCUAAAGAGACCAAAGUCUGUUCCAUGCUUUAGUGGUCAGUAUCCAUUUUAUAACACCAGAGGAAGUGACGUGUUGAGGACAGGGACGGGGAGGGUGUUGUAUGUGGACAAGUACACAGAGAGUGACAACAAGGGCACUUGUCCAUGUGGCAAGUGUCAACACUCGGACACACCCAGCAAAGUGUGGGGGGAGGUUUGUGUGAAGACAGCCGCCCACGUGGUGUUUGAUGAGAGCGAGGCGAGACAGACCAGGUGUGUUGUAGGUUUUGAUGACAAUAAAAGUCCUGGGGUCAGUCUUGAUGGCUUGAGGGUGGUGGGUGUGGCAGACGUUGGGGGAGACAGGUGUAGGUUUACAUGUGUGUCAUGUGACUUAGAGUUGCUUGAUGAACUGGACAAGAUGUGGUGGCACUUUAAUGAUCUAUGUGAGAAAUUAAGGGACAAAUACAGGAGAUUCGAUGAUAUGGACAAGUUGACCAUAAUAGUGUCACAUCCUCAUGGCUGUCCUAAACAGGUCUCUGUAGGACAAUGGACACACAUACAUGAGAGGGGAGUUUGGUACACGUACACAACAUGUACAUGUCCAGGCUCCAGUGGAGCAGAUGUCUACAUGCCGGGAUAUGACGGGUGGUCACAUCCCCACAGUGGAUCAAACUCUGAAGGAAAUUAUAGUGGGGAGGGUUGGUUGUAUUGAUCCAUCUGUGACUGUUGGUUCUCUCCCCUUGUCUAAUGUAAACAAACAAAAUGGCGGCUCCCUUCAUUAAACUUGUGUGUGUCAAGACUUGAAUGUCUUCACCAGCAACUUUGUAAAUUGGUGAAGACAAGAAAUAAAUUGUUUGGUUUCUUUCAAUCAUUUGUUUAGAGUUGCUAGACACCUAAACAAAAAUAUAAACAAAUGUUUAUUGUUGAGAAAUAAAAUAUUUAUAGGCUACACUUGUAUCUUUGUUUUAUAAUAUUUAAACCUCCACAUUAGAUUUGUCAUCGCCAUCAUUGUCUUUAUUUAUACUUUAAUUCAUGUUUGUAUUUGUUUACAAAACUGUUUGUAUUGAUGUCAAUAAAGUU